AUGCCGGGUUUGCAUUUACAGUCGUCCCAGUGGAUGCAGCGACGCCCGGCAUGCAACCCGGCUCCCAGCCCGCUCAUCGCGCUCUUGUCUCUCGACUGGGCCAGCGCGGAACUGGCGCUCGGCCUGGACUUCGGAACCCAGUGGAAGGUCGAACUGACCAGCUCAAACAUCAUCACCCUCUUCUACAGCUGUUUUGACGCGUACGGCCCGCCGCUCAGGCCCGCCAUCAAUUUCGUCGAGGUCGAAGAGUUGGUCGUGCUCGCGAUGCAGGACAUCGAGGCGCGCGACGAACCGGAACGCACAGGGCGCAGCAAGCUCUUUGACGUUGUCAAGUCGGUCUUCAAGUCCGGCGAGCGGUUGAGUUGGGUGUUCAUGUACGAGGGCGGCAUUUGUCGUCUGUUUACCCGUGGGCCGGACCAGAGACUUCUCGAGCCUUACGUCCGACAGAGCAUGAACCCUGGUUAG